CGUUUUCACUCCUCUCUUCUCUGAGAAUGGUGUUUGAAGGGCUCCGUGGUGUUCGCCUCGAGCACUCUGUUGCUUCAAGCGAGGACGAGGAAUGGUAUGUGAAUGGAUCGAAACAUCUAGAGCUUUCCCUGGUUUAUGGAAAUGGGUGUAAGAACAGGACGAUGGAGCGCCUGAAAUCGCGAGCACAGCCUGUGAGGCGCGUGUGGCUUUGCUGGUUACGUCCUCUUUCGAAACAUAAGCGCGAUGAUCACUGCUUUCUCGAGACAAUUGCUAACGUCGUGACUUCGUUACCCUUCAUCUUUGUUGGAUUGCAAGCGCCAAGAAAGAAGACUGUGAGCAAGUUCUAUGCCGAUUCCUUGAUCGGUGUUGGAGUUGCCUCGAGCUUGUACCACGCAUCGAGAGGAAAAUCUCGACAACUUCUAAGGCGCGGAGACUACACCAUGAUCGCAACCUCAGCUCUGGUAAACUUUUCCUCAAUCUUUGCUCAUGGCAAGGUUUUUUGGAUCUCUCAGUGUCUAUCAAGAGCUCUUCUACAAUCCGAGAACUGGAAAGGAUUGUUCGUCUGCUCUGCAGCUCUCGCCCCGUUUCAACCAUUCCUCGUGACCAUUCUUCACACUGGACUUACCGAGGCCACUUUCGCAAGGCGCGUGCAAACACAGCCUCUUCUCAAGCCAGCUCACAAUCUCCACACCAUUUCCUCGCUCGCCGGAGCCACAUUGUUCCUCGCAGAUGGUCUCUAUCCACGGACUCCGUAUCUCCACGCCGCGUGGCAUCUGGUCGCCGCUGUGAGCGUUCUAACUUACAACAAGCUACUAGAAUGAAAAUGAAAUCCUGUAAAAC